GAAAUGCCAACGUGCUGUAUAAAAUAUUGUACUAAUCGUACCUCUGGCAGCAAAUCGAAAAAUGUAAAAUUUUUUCGAUUUCCUAAGGACAAAAUUAUUCGUCAGCAAUGGCUCAUUGCCAGUCAACGAACAGAAACAAAUAUAAAAGUUGAUACGGCAAUGAUAUGUAGUAAUCAUUUCGAUAAUGAUUGCUUCAUAAUGGAGUGGACAAAACCAAGAUUGAAGAAUGUAGCAGCCAAAGAAAUGCAACGCUUAAAAAAAGAUGCUAUUCCAACCAAGAUGUUAAUAUUGGAAAAGAAAAGGAGAAUGCCUGAGAGUAAAGAAAAUAUGAAAAGGAAUAAAGGAAGUAAUAUACCAUUAAAAACUGGAGUACCAACAUACACAGAACUUGUUAAAUGUAUUGAACAAGAGAAGCAUUGUUUGAUGCAUAAAGAAAUUGUGCAACAUAUGGAAGUAGAAACUGCAGAAAAUAAGAAAAAUACUAAUAUUGUAGAUAAUACUAAUAACAUUGAAGAAGUAAACAAUAUUACAGAGGAAACUGUGCAACAUAUGGAAGUAGAAACUGCAGAAAAUAAGAAAAAUACUAAUAUUGUAGAUAAUACUAAUAACAUUGAAGAAGUAAACAAUAUUACAGAGGAAACUGUGCAACAUAUGGAAAAAAAUACAAAUGGAAAGGUUGACAAUCAGAAUUUUUCAAUGGAAAAUGCACCAAUAAAAACAUUAUUAAUAUACUUAAGAAAUGUCAAGAAAAUGCCAUUACCAUGA